AUGGGGACAAAUCCACCCUACAUUGACACAGAUGCUCACGCUCAACAUGUCCACAUCAUCAUCGUGUGCAACAAGGGCUCCCUCACCGCCUUCUACUGUGUCCUGGUAUACCUGGACUCCCUGGCCCUGGUUACCUUUGGCUCAUUUGAUCCUGAACAGAUGGACACUAGCCAGUAUCCUUCUCUCCAUCAAGUGGCCCCAAAGGACACAUAUCUGGUCCUUACCAUGGUGUACUUGUUGCUUAAUUUCCACUGGACCUGGGUGGGCCUGCUCAUCACAGAGAGCCAUAAGGGUGUUCAGUUUCUUUCAGAUAUAAGAGCUGAGAUGGACAUGAACAGAGUCUGUCUGGCCUUUGUGAAAAUGGUGUCAACUGUGGCUGUGUCUUAUCUCCCAGUCACACAGAAACAUGAUAUUCUGACCACAGAUACAUCGUCUGCCAAUGUGCUGGUCAUUUACUGUGAUACUGAUAGUCGAUAUGAUGUAAACUACAAUAUAAUACAACACUUAGUGACCUGGAAAGUCUUGGUAACCAACUCACACUGGCAUGCAGACCUGGCUGGGAAAGACUUCAUACUGGACCCAUUCCAUGGGAUUCUUGUUUUUUCACACCACCACGAGGAAAUUUCAGGUUUCAAAAAUUUUAUCCAGGCAGCUACCCCUUUCAAAUACCCAGAAUACACUUACCUCUUUAUGUACUGGUCCAAGAAUUUUGAUUGCUCAUUCUUUGAGUCUGACUGUGCCUUGCAGAACUGCACACCUAAUGCCUCUCUGGUUUGGUUGCCUCUGAAUCGUGUUGAGGUAGAAAUUAGUGAUGGGAGCUACAAUAUAUAUAAUGCAGAGUACGCUGUGGCCCAUGCUCUUCAGGCAAUGUUUUCUGAAGAAGUACAAAGGCUGCCAAUGAGAAAUGGACAAAUUACAAUGUUUUCCCACUGGAUGAUGUGUCUCUUUCAGCUGCAUCGCUUUCUAAAGAAAGUCCAAUUUAACAAUCCUGCUGGAGAUAAAGUGAGCUUGGAUGACAGAAGGAAACUGGAUUCAGAGUAUGACAUUCUCAAUUUUUGGAAUUUUCCAGAAGGCCUUAGACUGAAGGUAAAAUUAGGAAAUUUUUCUUCACGUGCUCCACACGGUUGUAAAAUAACUUUAUCUGAGGAUACAAUAGAGUGGGCCACAAGGAUCACAGAGACUCCCCGUUCAGUAUGCAGUGAGAGUUGCAGCCUUAGAUUUAGAAAAAGCCCUCAGGAGGGAAAGGCUGCCUGCUGUUUUGAUUGCACCCCUUGUGCAGACAAUGAGAUCUCCAAUGACACAGAUAUGGGACAAUGUAUAACGUGUCCAGACCAUCAGUAUGCCAACACUCAGAAAAAGCACUGUCUCCAAAAAGCUGUGACUUUUCUGGAAGAUCCUUUGGGAAAAGCUUUGGCUGGUAGCACCCUGACUCUCACCUUUCUCACAGCUGCUGUUCUUGGGCUCUUUGUGAAGCACCGAGACAUUCCCAUUGUCAGGGCCAACAAUUGGGCUCUCAGCUACACCCUGUUCAUCUCCCUCACCUGCUGUUUCCUCUGCUCCCUGCUCUUCAUCGGCCGUCCCAACACAGCCACCUGCAUUUUCCAGCAGACCACAUUUGCAGUUUUGUUCACUGUGGCUGUUUCCACUGUCUUGGCAAAAACUUUUACAGUGGUGCUGGUCUUCAAACUCACUGCCCAGGGCAGGAUGAUGAGGCAGUUGCUUCUAUCAGGGGCACCAAACUUCAUCAUCCACAUUUGCUCCCUGAUCCAACUCACUCUCUGUGAAAUCUGGAUGGGCACAAAUCCACCCCACAUUGACACAGACCUACACUCAGAACAUGACCACAUCAUCAUUGUGUGCAACAAAGGCUACCUCACCGCCUUCCACUGUGUCCUGGGAUACCUGGGCUUCUUGGCCCUGGUGAGCUACGUGGCUUUUCUGGCCAGGAACCUGCCUGACACAUUCAAUGAAGCCAAGUUCCUGACAUUCAGCAUACUGGUGUUCUGCAGUGUGUGGGUCAAAUUCCUGCCUGUGUACCACAGCAGCAAGGGUAAGGCCAUGGUGGCCAUGGAUGUCUUCUCCAUCUUGGCCUCCAGUGCAGGGCUGAUGGGCUGCAUCUUUGUCCCGAAGUGAUACAUUAUUUUGUUAAGACCAGAGAAAAAUUCUCUUACUGGUAUCAGGUACAAAACACAUUCUGUGAAAAAGAAGUCUGCUUAUCAUUAG